AUGAAGUUAGUGAAAAAGUACAUCGACUACAAGACCAAAGAGGGGUAUGUCGUCCUCAUACCGGAAGAGGACGAGGACAUGUGGCACGUCUACAACCUCCUGCAGGAAGGGGACAGUCUGCGGGCGAGUACCCUUCGAAAGGUGGUCACCGAGUCGGGAACGGGCACGACGGCGGCUAACAAGGUGCGCACCAUGCUCACAAUCGCCAUCGAGAGCAUCGACUACGACUUUGAGGGCUGUCUGCUGCGGGUGAAGGGGAAGAAUGUGGAGGAGAACCAGUACGUGAAACUGGGGCAGUACCACACCAUCGACAUUGAGUUGAAUCGGAAGUUUACGCUGAAGAAGGAGGAGUGGGACCUCUACUCGAUGCACCGUCUCGAGUUGGCCUGUGAUCCCAGCAAGAGCGCCGACCUGGCCGCCAUUGUCAUGGAUGAAGGAAUCGCCCACGUCUGUCUGGUGAUGCCGUCGAUGACGCUGGUGCGCUCCAAGAUUGACAUGCACAUUCCGCGAAAGAGGAAGGGCCACUGCGAUCAGCACGACAAGGGCAUGGACAAGUUCUUUGAGCAGGUGAUUCAGGCGCUGCUGCGACAUGUCGACUUUGAGGUAGUCAAGUGCAUCCUCAUUGCCAGCCCUGGCUUCGUCAAGGACCGCUUCUUCACGUACCUGAUGGCGCAGGCGGCGAAGACGGACAACAAGACGCUGCUGGACAAUCGGGCCAAGUUUGUUCUCUGCCAUGCCAGUUCUGGCUUCAAGCACUCGCUGCGAGAGGUGCUCGCCGAUCCGCUGCUGCAGAGUCGCCUCUCUGAUACAAAGGCCGCCGAGGAGGUGAAAGCGUUGGCCGCCUUUCACACCAUGCUCGCCCUCGACCCGUCGAAAGCUUUCUACGGGCCGAAUCACGUGGAAAAGGCGGCGGAGGCGCAGGCGAUUGAGACGCUGCUCAUCUCAGAUCGGCUCUUUCGCGUGAAGAACAUUGAGAAGCGGAGGCGGUUCAUCCGCCUGGUGGAGAGUGUCAGGGAGUUUGGCGGCGACGUGAAGAUCUUUAGCAGUCUGCACGUGUCUGGAGAGCAACUUGAUCAGCUUACGGGCAUUGCCGCCAUUCUUCGCUUUCCCAUUGCCGAUCUGGAUGAUGAGGAGCUGGAGGAUGAGGAGGAGGAAGAUGGUGGUGCUGAUGCUCAGGGCGGGGAAGAGGGGGCGAAAUAA